AUGAUGCACACAAGGCGCUCUUUCAGCCCCUCCCGCACAUUGCCCCUCAAGGGAGUCCAGCACAUCACGUCACCCGCUGUGCCUUCCGUGGUGUUGGGCAAGGAUCAUCUGCCGCAGCUGCCGUACACCCCAAUUUUACAUGGCGAGUCUGGACAAGGUCUCUCGGAGACACUCCGUGAUAUUGGCCCUUCAGCCCGGCUUCUUAUAGGCCUUCAGACCAAGAAUUCGACGCGUUCAGAUGGGAUAAAGAGAAAAAAGGCGAAGUUUGGUGGUGGUGGUGGUGGUGGAAAGGGCAAGAAAGUCUCAGCAGAUGCGCAACCAGUAGAAUUGAAAGCCACAGCUGCUAGUGAGAACAAACCAACCGCAACAACGUUGCCAGAUACCUUAGACGAGGGGAUAAAACUUCCCAGUUCACUCAAGGCGUUAACUUUUUGCGGUGGCAGACCGACCAAGGCCUUGACAGCAAAGGCUAUGGAUUUGACCAGGGGACUGAACCAAACUUACACGGGCACGAGAGACACAUCAAAUACGCUGACAAGCCGCACUGUUUCGAAAAAGAUGCUCCCCCCUCUUGCUGUAGUGCUGGAGCAGUAUAUUCAGCGCGAAAUGGGGACAACACUGGAUGCUGAUGGUAUCUCCUCCGCACAAAACCGUCUUCGACCCUUCCGUGAGGCGUUUUAUGCCUUUAUUGAUUCUUUUCCUGCGUACAGUAAAAUCCUCAAUGACAUCAUGACCGCCUACGACAAUGUCAUUCAGGAGCAGGCUGGUAUGAUUGCCGAUGUAAUUUCGGAACAGGGCCAACACCAGCUCGCAGAGGAGCAGCACCUGACUGAGGUUGCCGAACUAAAUAAAGUCAUCAUGGAGUUGACGGCAAAACUAGAGGAAGCGCGCAACUCACUGGACGAGAGAGAGUCACUUCCACCCUCCGCUGACGAAACGAAUGAAUCACCACAGCAGCAACAGAUGGAACCGCUCCGGACGAAAAAAACAUAUAGUAGCAGGGACAAGUUGUUGCUUGAGGCGCUGCAAAAGAUAAAAAAGCUGGAAGAAGUUAACAAGAGUGAUUUGGAGAAAACUCUUGUGCUUAUAAAUGCGAUACGGGAGAGCGAUAGGCGGGCCAAGGGACUAGAGAUUCAGCUUGCCGCUACCGUUGCCCAAGUGGAUGAGCUAGACGAGUUCAAGGUGAUGGCAGGGGAGGCUCAGAAGCAGCUCGAAGAGUUUAAACUGAAGUACCAAAAUUUCAUCUCCGUGCAGGACCACGAGCUUAUCAAAGAAUAUCUCUCUGGAGAGCUGCAAGCAGCACAACAUAUGGCCCGCCAGUAUCGACGUUCAGCAGCCGUGCGAGGCACUCAAGUGGACGUCAUUGGACGAAAGCUAAAGGCACUACAAGAUGAGAAUGAGCAGCUCCUUGAGUCCGUUGAAGACGAGCGACGGGAGCUUCUCACACCUCGCCCGGACUGGAAUAAGAUAUACGCGUCGCUCCCCGAUAUCAAAGAGAACGCUACCUCCAUUGAGGCCCUGCCGCUUGAAGGCGAUGAGGCCAUCACAUCCAAUGUGACUGGUCUGAGCGAGACAAGGCUUCAGGUUGAAUACCUUGCGGAACGCAUCAACUCACUUACGCAGGAACUGCAGCGACGAGCGAUGGUGCCCAUGCCGACGCAGACGCCGAAACUCCCACUCAUUGGGCAGGGUGUGGAGCCUCGGGUUCCGCUUUAUCUUAGGGCGUGUGGUAUAAUUCCCCGCGUGCCGCUGGACCCAAUGGAGGUCCUGUACCUGGUGCACGACUUUUUCCAAGAGGUGCUGCAGCCCCAUCCCGAUGUACUUCUUUAUACACUCGACAUACCGCCCCUUUACUUGGAAUUUUUACUGGAGAGGAUGGGAAAGAGGGAGGCUCUGAAAGUCUUCGUUUGUGCGGAGCAUCUUGCUAUCAACCUCGCUGAUAUGGCUAAUGAUACAGGGCGCUCUCGACCCUCCUUGUUGCUGCUGGAUGGCAUCCUGAGGGGCGUCUUUCCCGCGCGUAUUGCCUGCGAUGUAAUGAUGGUUCUGGAGAAUGUGCGGUCUGAGCUCCAGGGCCUCUCAGAGGCACAGAGAAAGACACGCCUUCGCCGGACAGCGAUCAGCGAUUGCAUAGCACCGGUGUUACAACUGAAGUCUGUGGAAGAAAUUGACCUCCUUAAGGAUGCGCUGAGCUCCGAUACGACCCACGACGUUGUGGCGUUGAACUCCACCGGGAGCAAGUUCAUGUCGACCCUUAUAGAACAGGAGUGUGCCUCGGGUAUGGUGUUUUACACAAGGCUCGUCGAAAAACUCACCUCAUACGCGCACUACCUUGAACAGGAGGGCGCGAAUUUGGUCAUUUCCCUUGAUGAUGUAGGACGGGCAAUCACCGAGGUGGAGCCGCUGACACCGAAGCCGAUCAUCAAGGAAAUUACGGAGAAAUUUUCCGACACCAUCGAGGAGGGGAAAGAGCAGACGACGCGUUUGAGUGAGGUGAUACAUGCCUUGGCGGCGGCCCCAGUGAUCCGCCGAACAACCCAUCGGGCGGCGGAGUGCGGGGUGCUCUAG